UGCGGAAUCUCUAGGCUCCACCUGCUCAGGACUCCACCUGCUCAGCCCGGCCUCCGGGUCCGCUUGCCUGAACCCCGGAGGAGCGAUGGCGCUGCGUGCCGGGUCCGCGCGGGCUUCGCCCGGCUCAGAUAAAGUGCAAAAGGCCAAGGCUGACAAGGUCUCAGGACCCAGGCAGGGCAGCCGAAUGGGGAAACUCUUGGGCUUUGAAUGGACAGACUUGUCCAGCUGGCAGAGGCUGGUGACCCUGCUUAAUCGACCCACAGAUCCCGCAAACCUAGCGGUCUUUCGUUUUCUCUUUGCCUUCUUGAUGGUGCUGGACAUCCCCCAGGAGCGAGGGCUCAGCUCCCUGGACCGGAAGUACCUGGAUGGGCUGGAUGUGUGCCGCUUCCCCUUGCUGGAUGCCCUGCACCCGCUGCCACUUGACUGGAUGUAUCUUGUCUACACCGUCAUGUUUCUGGGGGCACUGGGCAUGAUGGUGGGCCUGUGCUACCGGAUAAGCUGUGUGCUAUUCCUGUUGCCCUACUGGUAUGUCUUUCUUCUGGACAAGACGUCAUGGAACAACCACUCCUAUCUGUAUGGUUUGUUGGCCUUUCAGCUGACGUUCAUGGAUGCAAACCACUACUGGUCUGUCGAUGGCCUGCUGUGUGCCCAAAAGAGGAAUGCGCACGUGCCCCUGUGGAACUAUGCCAUGCUGCGGGGCCAGAUCUUCAUUGUGUACUUCAUUGCGGGAGUGAAAAAGCUGGAUGCCGACUGGGUGGAAGGCUACUCCAUGGAGCAUCUGUCCCGCCACUGGCUCUUCAGCCCCUUCAAACUGGUGUUGUCCGAGGAGCUGACUAGCCUGCUGGUGGUGCACUGGUGCGGGCUGCUGCUCGACCUCUCCGCCGGCUUCCUGCUCUUCUUUGACGCCUCGAGACCCAUCGGCUUCUUCUUCGUAUCCUACUUCCACUGCAUGAACUCCCAGCUCUUCAGCAUCGGUAUGUUCCCCUACGUCAUGCUGGCCAGCAGUCCUCUCUUCUUCUCCCCUGAGUGGCCUCGGAAGCUGGUCUCCUACUGUCCCCGAAGGCUCCAAGAGCUGCUGCCUCUCCAGGCUGCCCCUCAGCCCAGUGCUUCCUGCGUGUAUAAAAGGAGCCGGGCCAAAGGCAGCCAGAAGCCGAGACUGCGCCACCGGCUGGGUGCCGCCUUCACCUUGCUCUACCUCCUGGAGCAGCUCUUCCUGCCCUAUUCCCACUUCCUCACCCAGGGCUAUAACAACUGGACCAACGGGCUGUACGGCUACUCCUGGGACAUGAUGGUGCACUCGCGCUCCCACCAGCAUGUGAAGAUCACCUACCGCGACGGCCUCACUGGCGAGCUGGGCUACCUCAACCCUGGGGUAUUCACACAGAGCCGACGAUGGAAGGAUCACGCAGACAUGCUGAAGCAGUAUGCCACUUGCCUGAGCCGCCUGCUUCCCAAGUACAAUGUCACUGAGCCCCAGAUCUACUUUGAUAUUUGGGUCUCCAUCAAUGACCGCUUCCAGCAGAGGCUUUUUGACCCUCGUGUGGACAUCGUGCAGGCUGUCUGGUCCCCUUUCCAGCGAACACCCUGGGUGCAGCCACUCUUGAUGGACUUAUCUCCGUGGAGAACCAAGUUACAGGAAAUCAAGAGCAGCCUAGACAACCAUACUGAGGUGGUCUUCAUUGCAGAUUUCCCAGGGCUACACUUGGAGAAUUUUGUGAGUGAGGACCUGGGCAAUACUAGCAUUCAGCUGCUGCAGGGGGAGGUGACCGUGGAGUUGGUGGCAGAACAGAAGAACCAGACGCUUCAGGAGGGAGAAAAAAUGCAGUUGCCUGCUGGUGAGUACCAUAAAGUGUACACUGUGUCACCAACUCCUUCCUGCUACAUGUACAUUUAUGUCAACACUACGGAGCUUGCCCUGGAGCAAGACCUGGCGUAUUUGCAAGAAUUAAAGGAGAAGGUGGAGAAUGGAAGUGAGACAGGGCCUCUACCUCCAGAGCUGCAGCCUCUCUUGGAAGGGGAAGUAAAAGGGGGUCCUGAGCCAACACCUCUGGUUCAGACCUUCCUUAGACGCCAGCAAAGGCUUCAGGAGAUUGAGCGGCGGAGAAAUACCCCUUUGUAUGAGCGGUUCUUCCGCUUCUUACUGCGGAAGCUGUAUGUUUUUCGCCGAAGCUUCCUGAUGACGCGUAUAUCACUUCGAAAUCUGUUCCUGGGACGCCCUUCUCUGGAGCAGCUAGCCCAAGAGGUGACUUAUGCCAACUUGCGGCCUUUUGAGCCAGCAGGAGAGUCAAGUCCUUCAAAUAGAGAUUCUUCCAGUCCUAACUGGCCUGAGCCAGAUUCCAACCCUACCCACUCAGAGUUGUGAGGGGCCCAAGGAGAUGCAGCUGCGAGGGCAGCCACGCACAGGCCAGCGCUGUGCAAUGGACAUUUGAGAAGAUUGUCUCAGAUUUUUUUUUUUUUACAUUUUUCUCUUUUCAACUGAGAUGGUAGCUUAGAAGAGCCAAGGAAGGCAAAGAUAAGAUUUUUCAAUUCCAGGCUGAGGAGCCAUAAGGAAAUUAGAAGCAUUGUGAGAUGUUUUUAGGAUAAAGGGAUAAAUGGUUAAACUGAACAGCUCCUUAGGAGAGGAAACUGCUCAAGUGCUUGCUGAGGGCUAGGCACUGCAUGAAGUAGUGUAUGUCUUAUCACACUUCAACCUUGGAACUAUGACCUUGCUGUGUAGUUUAGGCUGGCCCUGAACACUUACUUGUGGAUCCUCCAUCCUUGGCCUCCUGAGUGUUGGGAUUACAAUCAUGGUGACCAUGCCCCUACCACACUUAACUGAUUAACAGCCAGUAAGUCUCUUUAUACUUGGAAAGCUAAGACUGAAGGGUAAUUUGCCCAGACAUCCAGUUAGUAGGGUGGAUGACAGUAUAAACUUAGGUCUGUUUAAGGUCCUGCACCAUGGACCUUGUGGUGUUCAGAACUGGUAAUAGCAAGUCUGAAAUAACGUAGCUUAAAACUUAAUAGGAUAAAGCAAGGAGGGUCACAAGUUCAAGCCCAGCCUGGGCAAUUUAGUGACUUGGUGAAAUGGCCUCAAAAAACUGGCAACAGG